CAACUCCAGUGCUAGGCCCAAGCCGAAAGGAUAAUUCUGCCUUUGGAUUACAAUAUUGUGUGUGGAACAACAUGAAAAAUUUCGUUUUGUGCCUGGUCGCCACGGCGCUGAUGUGCCUGGUUGAGGCGGCACCGCAGCGGGCCGAGGAGCCCAUUGCGAUCAUCAGCCAGGAGUCCAACAUCGAACCAGAUGGUUCCUACAAUUAUGCCUAUGAGACGGCCAACGGAAUCAAGGCCGAAGAAACGGGCACCCUGAAGAAGGCUACCUCCCCGGACAGCAGCGACGUGAUUAUCGCCAGGGGCUCUGUCUCCUACACCUCGCCGGAAGGAAAUCUGAUUACCCUGAACUACUCGGCCGAUGAUGAGAACGGUUUCCAGCCACAGGGCGACCAUUUGCCGACUCCGCCACCAAUCCCGCCAGCGAUCCAGAAGGCCCUCGACUAUCUGCUGAGUCUGCCGCCAGCCAAGCGCCGUUAAGGCGCUUCCUCUGGAUGACUCCUUCCAGUCCGACCCAUGCCAACAUUCUGACCCUGAUAUACUCUACGGUCGAUGUGAUGCUGCUCUGUUGCUGUUACCACAAUAUGCUCGUACACCCCAUUAUCUGCUCUCCCCCCACUAUCUAGACAAUCACACAAGGGCUGAAGCCUCCCCAGGAGGUUGUUAGUGGAUUUGACUGAAGAACACAAUCUCAAACGGAAUUGAGGGACAUGACACGAUACACACACACACACACACAACCAAUACAUUGACUCUAUUACUUCAUUUUGUCUGCUAUCUUGCUUUCUUCCACUUUCACUUUGACACGAAUUUCUUCAGAUCUUUUAGUCGCCGGAACUUUGCCAUUUUCGGACUCAUGUGAUAUCGUCGAUUUAUCAAUGAAAUGAAAGAAAAUGUAAAAAAAAAACAUACAAGAAAUAAUAUACAGGAACACUAAUUAUCCACAGCAAACUUUGUGUAAAUAGUCUGUAAAUUAGGAACAUUUACACAUUAUAUAUAAGCGAUGACGUCGACGAAGACGAUGGCCAGCCACCCGAACCAGCUUAUGGGACGGGUUAGCGUUCCCGUCCGUUCGCGUCGGAAAUUAUGUAAACACUUGAGAAGACCUACAUAUAAAAAAAUUCGUUAGGCUUAGCUGCAAAUAAAGAACUAAGGAUUCUUUCGAAAAA